AUGACAGCAGAAUCCUACCUCGUGAACAUUGACCCUCAACGUGCAACUAGCCUCUCCUACGCCUGGCCCCAGCCCUACGCCAUGGUCGAGCACGCCAAACUCCGAGGCAUCGCAGACGACACACUGACAUUGUCCGACGGAACCGAAACGACCAUGGCAAAGAAAGUAAUCAACUACCUCGUAGAAAAUGGGUUCGUCACGCCUCGCUUCUUCACAUACAAAGCCUACAAAGAUGGAUACGCGUCUGGGAGGAACUAUGUCGCUUUCAUCACAUACACCAAUCUCUAUCCUUCGCCGGGCAAGUUGAAGCUCGUGCAGGACGAGGUUCAGAAGUUUAUCAGCUUGGUUCGGCAGAAAGCUCCUGUUCCGGAGAUCUGGAUUGAUCUGGUGAAUGUUGAGAGGAAUGUGGUGUUGCAUCGAUCGAAUAUUGGGGUUUUGGAUAUGGAUUUGCAUUGGGCGGUUGCUGCGUGGGAGCGGUGCAAGAUUGAUUUUGCUGAGCGGCUUGAGAAGGAUCUUGAGACGCAAUGGUAUUUUUGUGGACUUUUUAAGGUUGGAUUGACUGAUGAGGAUGAGAACCCUUGGCCUGCGGUGGUAGUUUUUGUGCGGCCUUUGACGAUUGCUAAUUGGGGCGAGUUGGAAGGGUGGGUUCGGAAGAGGGUAAAACGAGUUACGGCGAAGAGGAUUGAGCUGGAGAUUGAGCCAGAGGUUGAGCGAAUUGAUAGUUAUGAUUGUGAUAAUGGGGUUUAUCCGGAGAUUUAUCGGAUGGGGAUGAUUUAG